AUGUCUAUUGACCCUAAAAAAUAUCCAGAUAUUCGUCGUCGGGCUUUGGAAGGGAAAAUAAAGAAGAAUUUAGACCGUAGGCGAAACCAAUUAGCAGAAUUGAAUGAAGAACUAGAAAAAGAAAAUCAAAAAGUUAAUCAGGAGUUAGAAAAAGAUACUCAUUAUCCAUUGCGAAAAAAACUAAUCGAAAAGUUGCCAUUAGAUAAAAGAGAAAAUAAUAAUUUUGUUAGCGAACUGAUUGAAUGCUUUCUUAAAUUAAAUAAAGACAUCCCUGAUUGGAGUUUACGGGAGGAAGAAAGAAGAAAAGCCCGCAAAGAAGUUGAUGAAAAAACUAAAAAAUAUUUUAGAGAAAAAAUGCCUCAAAAGGAAAGAGAGGAGUUAAUUUCACUUUUAGAAAAUUAUUUUCUGAGCGAAUAUUAUUCUUUUCAAGAAAAGAGAGGUAAAGGAGGGAAAUAA